GCCUCCUCUCUUUGUUGAUCAGCCAUGCAACGCAGAGAGACGGCACUUCCUGCGUCCUGGCUCCCGGAACGGACCGUGUGGUUAAACAACGGUGUCCCGAUGCCCCUUCUAGGCCUUGGCACCUUCCGUCUGAAGGGGGACGAGGCCGUGCAGGCCAGCCUGGACGCAGCUCUGGCAAACGGCUACCGCUUGGUGGACACGGCCACCGUCUAUGGCAACGAGGCCGCGAUCGGGCAAGCUCUUAAGGAUUUGCUGCCUCGCCACCAUCUCACCCGCAAGGACGUUUUCCUGACCAGCAAGCUGAGCCCGAGAGACCACGGAGAGGAGGCUGCCUAUCAAGCUUGCCUUCGCAGCUUGCAAGACCUAGACUGCGGUUACCUGGAUCUCUACCUGAUCCAUUGGCCGGGGACUCAAGGCCGGCCUCAGGACGAUGCCGGGAACCCGGAACGUCGGUUGCAGAGUUGGCGCGCCCUGGAGCGUUUGUACGAAGCCGGGAAGCUCCGAGCUAUUGGCGUCUCCAACUACACCGUCCGGCAUCUUCAGGAACUGUUGGCGCACUGCAGGGUGAAACCCACUGUCCUGCAGGUGGAAUUCCACCCCGAACUCACGCAGGCGGAGGUGCUCGAGUUUUGCACCCGGAACGGCCUCCAUUUGCAAGCGUAUUCCUCGCUGGGGACUGGCCCAUUGGUAGAGCAUGCCACAGUACGGGCCGUAGCCCAGCGGUGCGGUCGUACGCCCGCCCAGGUCUUGCUCCGUUGGGCUCUGUGCCGAGGCGCGAGCAUCAUUCCCAAGUCGGCGUCUCCACGCCGCGUGGCUGAAAACGGCCAGCUGUGGUCGUGGGACCUGAGCCAAGCCGACCUGGAAGAGCUAAACUGCCUGGAUUGUGGGAAACGGUAUUGCUGGGAUCCCACUGGGGUGGUGUAAGAAGCCGGCAUGGAUCCCGCCAGCUUCAACCGGGAUUUUUCCAACUCUUGAAGGUGGUCACCCUCUUCGUGAGGUCAAUUUCCUAUCUCGAAGCUUGCCGUCUUGCCGGGGUGCCAACGCUUGGUUGCUAAUUGUUGGUUUAGUGCCUUGCCCUCGCUGAGUCACUUAGGGCUGAGUCAACCCUAAAUUAGCCAGGUUUACAAAUGUCAGGCUAUUUUAGUCACUCGUUUUGGAGGGGUGGGCGGGUUUUUGAGAGGCAACCUUCCCACCCAGCUGCGAGAUCGCGGGGCGGAAAAAAAUGGAUACGAGGCCUGAUGAGAAGCCAGAAAUAACAACCUUUAU